AUGACGACCAUUCCUGGAAUCAAUAUUCAUGUCCACAUGGUUGACGUUGAUAAACAUCAGAUUCGAGUAGAAGCCGGUGUCCUACUGGAGAAGCUGAAUACAGAAAUUCUUCCAAGCUAUGGACUUGCUCUUAGUCUACUUGCAGCUAUCUCUGAGCAAACAAUAGCUGGCGCUAUUUCAACCGGUACCCACGGGACGGGGUACAAUCACGGUAUCAUGGCAACAAAGAUUGUCAGCUUGGAGCUGUUGACUGGAAGCGGAGAAGUCCUGCAGUGUUCAGACUCUGAGAACCCAGACGUUUUCAACGCUGCAUUAUGCGGGUUAGGAGCACUUGGUAUUAUUCUCACAGUAACUAUCCAGUGUGAACCAGCCUUCAGGCUUCAUGAGAUUCAGACUUCUACUACAUUGGAUGAUGUCCUAGAUAAUUUGGAUUCCAACGUGGAGGGCUGUGAGCAUUUCCGUUUUCAGUGGUAUCCCCAUACCGAUAUGGUAUCACUGUCAAAGGUAAACCGAACUGAGAAGAGAAUCACAGAAACAAGAUCGUCAUGGUUUUGGGACAAGUUCGUGGGCUACUACGCUCUUGAGUUCUCGUUUUGGCUCAGUUUGUUUGUACCUUCUCUUGUUCCAUGGAUCAACAGAUUAUUUUUCUUAAUCUUCGCAUCGCUACCGAAAGAAAGAGUUGACAUCAGUCACAAGGUGUUCAACUUUGAAUGUCUUUUCAAGUCACACGUGACAGAUUGGGCUAUUCCAAGGUAAUCUUUGUGAUCAUUCAGUUUUCUAUUUGUAAAUUGGCAACACCAAUAUUUUUUUUUAAAUCCUGCAUUAAAAAAAUUUGGUUUUUGAUUGGUUGAGAGCUCGUCACGUGCCAAGAACAAUUUGAACUAUUUUAAGGUU